UAUAAUAUAGACAAAGCCCACAUCCACUCACACUCUCACUCACACUCUCUCAAAAGCAACCUUCCUGCCUCUCUCUUUCUUCUUCUUCUUCUUCUUCUUCUUCUUCCUUUCCAUAGAAUUAAAUAUCUGUCACCAAACACCCACGCCUAGAGGCCUUCUUUGUUACUAUGGCGGCCCUAAUGGUAGACAACUCUUGCGAGGGGCUGUUGUUGUCUUUGGAGUCCCAGAAAUCAUCGGUACCUGCCCCGUUCCUGACAAAGACUUACCAGCUUGUGGAUGAUCCAGCCUCGGACCACAUUGUGUCGUGGGGGGAAGAUGACACAACGUUCGUCGUUUGGAGGCCCCCCGAGUUCGCCCGGGAUCUGCUGCCGAACUACUUCAAGCACAACAACUUCUCCAGCUUCGUCCGCCAGCUCAACACCUACGGUUUUAGGAAGAUUGUCCCGGACCGUUGGGAGUUCGCUAAUGAAUUCUUCCGGAGAGGAGAGAAGCAUCUGCUGUGCGAGAUCCAUCGGAGGAAAUCUGCACCUCCACACCACGUGCCGUCCCUUCGCCAAGACUUCGACUUGCCCCGUGGCCCUAGUCCGACUUGCUUCUUUCCCUUCCCGGCCCGAGCCAGCAUCUCACCACCUGCCUCGGACGAGUCGACCUACCGCCCUCCCAUCCGCAACAGUUGGUGGUCCAUCAUUGACUCACAGCCGCCGCCUCCCCCUCCACUCCAAAGUUCAGCAGCCCCUAUGCCUUCACCAGCGACAGCAGCCCUGUCUAAGGACAAUGAGAGGCUGAGGAGAAGCAAUGACAUGCUCAUGUCUGAGUUAGCCCACAUGAGGAAGCUCUACAACGACAUUAUAUACUUUGUCCAAAACCACGUGAAGCCCGUGUCUCCUAGCUACAACAGCGUCCUUUGUCACUCGGGGCAAAACCCUAGUUUGACCCGCAACCACUCUUUGUGUCUCGGCUACAAAUAUCCCGUCUUUACAAACCCUAGCAAUAAACUACAACCGAAAGUCGCAGUUCUUGAUGAAGAGCCUGCUGGGAGCGGGACCAAGCUGUUCGGUGUGCCUCUUCAGAACUCGACAGGGACGAAGAAGAGGCUGCAUUCAGACUGCUCUUCAGGUUUUACACUGAAUGCUCCGGAGAGUACUAACACUAAGGCUCGUUUGAUGAUCCUCGACAAGGACGAACUGCGGCUUAAUUUAAUGCCUUCUUCAACAUGUUAGCCAUGUCCUUUCUUUGCUCUUAUUCUUUUGGGUUUAGAGCUCUCUUUUGGGUUUGAUUUGUCUUAUUUCUCCACAGUUUAUUUGAGGGUACGAGAGAAUUUGAUAAUCUACCUCACCGGUCAUAUGUGUGUGAGAGUCGCAUGUUUGUGAUUUGUGUAUAUAGAGAGAAUCAUUUUCCAUCUGCCUACUACUUUCAUUUUGUUCUAGAAGAUCAAGCUGCAAAGGAGCAGGUUAAAGUUAGAUUGUCUUUUUUCUUUGAGCUUAUUCGGAUAGCGGGAUAAAGAUGAUUAUGGAGAAUUAUUAUAUAAAUUUGUGUCUACAUAA